GGGUACAGCACACCUUUGCCACCCCCUGCUUCGUUUUCUUGACAGAUGAAUAUGGAGAAGUCCCUGGUAGCAUUAUUGUUUUUCGAAUUGAUUUCAACGCCCGAAUUGACUUGGUGGAGAUUUCGUUGACGCUCAUCAAUCUCGUUAAUUCGCUUCAGGCAGUUUCUGAAACCAAUCAGACUAAAUCAGGUUGCUGUAGUUUCCGAAAUUACCUUCAGCAGCUGUGGAUUACUGCCAAGGAGUUUUUCAUAGAGAUUUGAAGAUGCUAGUGGGUAUCUUGAAGUCUCGUAUUUUGGAUUAAGUGCUCUGCCUCAGCAACUUCAAGUGAGUGUCAAACUAAAGGGGAAUUGGAAGGAUGGGGAAUAUAUUCGUGAAAAAACCGAAAAUUACAGAUGUUGAUAGAGCGAUUCUAUCUUUAAAAACACAGCGAAGAAAGCUUGGGCAGUAUCAACAACAGCUUGAAGCUGUGAUCGAAGCUGAGAUGAAAGCUGCUAGAGAAUUGAUUCGUGAGAAGAAGAAAGACAGGGCCUUACUUGCGUUAAAGAAGAAAAAGACCCAGGAAGAAUUAUUAAAGCAAGUGGAUACCUGGCUCAUGAAUGUUGAGCAACAAUUGAAUGAUAUUGAGCUUACAAGCAAGCAAAAGGCUGUCUUUGAAAGCUUGAAAGCAGGUAAUAAUGCUAUCAAAGCUAUACAAGGUGAGAUCAAUUUGGACGAUGUUCAGAAGUUGAUGGAUGACACUGCUGAAGCGCACGCAUACCAAGAUGAAAUUAAUGCGAUACUCGGGGAGAAGUUAUCUGCUGAAGAUGAAGAAGAUGUUUUGGCAGAGUUUGAUAACUUGGAAACAGAGCUCGGACUUCAAGAUAUGCCAGAAGUUCCUGGUCCUUCAGCGACAUCUGUGGAGAAACUUAGCGACGAUGAGGACCUGGCGCUCCCAGAUGUGCCCAAAAAGACCCCUGUCGUGGUUGCAGAUGGGGAAGAAGAGGCUUCAGGCAGAGUGUCUACUCGAAGAAAAGUAUUGGAGGAACCAUUGGCUGCUUAAUCAGCACAGACCCAGAGGUGGUUAUUGCUGUAUAGUAGCUACGAGUAUGUGUCUGAAACAGGAGGAUGUUUUGUGCUCAGUGAACCAUCUCAGCCCCUUCACAUUAUAAUAUGCUACAUUCUGUGUCCAAAGAUUCGAGGCAUUUAUCCUUCGAUAACAUAUACACCAUCUAAUUUUAAACCGUGCAAUUGUAGAUUGAAACUGUGAAACUUGUUACUUAUUCAUCUUGAACAAUAUUUGUGUUUUUGUAUAUUCUUGCCAUAUAAUGCAAAAUGCAACGUAUGAGUGGAUAUUCUCUAA